AUGACCACCCGGAGUUUCCUGCACAUUUGCCUUGUCCUGCUCUUCACCGAAAACUCAUCUGUGGACUGUAACAUGCUUCACUUCCAGCAAAACAAAGUGAACCAAGCUAGUUUACAGCUUCUGGAAAAAAUGGGAGGACAAUUUCCUGUGCAAUGUCUAAAUGAAAAUUCAAACUUCAUAUCCCUCCAGAAUGUUCUCAGCUCCAGAGAGUUCCAGAAGGAGAAUGCCAUGGUGGCAAUCCAGGAGAUCCUCCAACAGAUCUUCAAUAUCUUCAGCAAAAGUCACAUCCAAACUGCCUGGGACAGGAGUUCCAUAGUUGCAUUCCAAAAUGGACUUCACCAGCAAAUUGAGCUGCUGAAGACAUGGUUCGAUGGAGAAAAAAAGAUGGAGACAACCUACCCACAAAAUGAGGACUUCACCAGGCUGAAAGUGAAGAAAUAUUUCCAUAUGGUAGACAAUUUCCUGAAAGAAAAGCAAUACAGCCUGUGUGCCUGGGAGAUCAUGCGUGAGGAAAUGAGAAGGCUUAAAAAUUAA